UCCGUCCAAGCCACGCAUCCAAUCAAAUGAGGCAUGUGACGCUGCGAGCUUCGAUCUUGCCGUCAUGGCAAGUUGCAAAGGUGUAUUGUACCUACCUACCUACCCAGGUAGGCAAUUACAUCGAAAACUACCUAGCUAUCUGGCAAGGCUGGCCAUUGAUGCCCGCAAUCUACCCAUAUAGGUGUAGGUAUAAUACUGCUAGCUCCUAGCAAAAUAGAUUGGGUUCUUUAUGGCGUAGUUGUGGCGCACCAACCCACAACAUUCUUGCUCGGCCGAACACUACCGAAUACUCCGAACUCAGAGGAGUCAUCGAUCACGUCGACACAUUCUUUUGCGGGUUGCACAAAGACUCAACCCCAUUCUCUAUCCAUGUGUGACUAUAUGGCUGCCUAACUAGAGUUGC